AUGGGCUCAAUUUAUCUCCACCCAGAAAUUGGUCGCGAUGACUUCAGGAUCAGACGGAAGCCAGUGUCUAAUCCCAACCUCAGGGGAACGGCUAUGACCCAAGCCCCCGGACCUGGAGGCUUAUUACACGCUGCUACAUCUUCAUAUCUCGCGCCGUCACUGUCGUCUCAGCCACCAUCGUAUGAGGAACUAUACGGCCCCAACUUUUCACUUCCUGAGCAAGAGACGUUGACGAGGCCAAGAACGGCGGAUGCAUCGAACAAUCCAGCAUCUUUCUCUCAAUCUCCAUCCCCGUCUCCCUCCACGGCCACAGAAUCAUCUUCGUCAAGGCUGCAGAAAGCAUACGGUGAAGCAUGUCAUUUCUUGGGAGGAUUAAUUAAUCAUCCUACCGAGUCAAACAAACAUGUCACCGUUCUGCGACAUUCUCACGGUCUGGUCUUUUAUCGAGGCCCUUCCACCUCGGUGGCAGUAUCGAUCUUUUCCGAUGCACCCUUGCCAGAGGACCGCACAGUCUGGCUCCAGGAUAAAGGUUGGUCCGGAAAGGCCGGUAUGCGAGCCAAAGCUCUGUUUCGAUUGAACAAUAACUGGAUCGACGUCACGCCGGGUAUUCCUUUGCAUGCAGAUCAAGUUGCCGCGGGCGAUGAGCGCGCCUGGCAGCGCGAUAUCAAGAAAUUUUUAAGAAAGCCACCAUCCGAAGCCAAAAACCAGCACCUACUACGCGAAACUGUUGUCGUGCGCAUUCCAGCCGAGGCAGGCGAUGGGUAUUUUCAAUUGGUGAUAUGUCAAGGCACGAAAAAGAAAGUCAUGGGAUAUAGUCCCGUCUUCCGUGUCAUAUCUACGUCGGCCAACCCUCAUUCCAUGCGCGGUGCGAGUCUGAGCACAAUGCCGCUUGAAGUCGGCGCUAUGGUGGUCAGCCUGUAUGCACGAAGUGCUGCAAAGACCGUCAUGACACCCGCUACGGCCGUGGUCCAAUCAAAGGUGACUCAGUAUCGUCCAGCUUGGGUGAAGGAGACCGCGGCUCGAAAGGCAUAUCAAGUUAGUGGACUUCAGGAUCGAGUGACUGGUAUUCACCAUGGUUUCUCCUCAAGUCCAGUCAAGCGUCCAGUAUGUGCGGCUGCACCUUGUUUGAUCGAACGUGAGACAGAACACGGCGUUGAGGUCGGUCCUCAGCCACCGUUCCCAAUGGCCUUCGAGUCUCGUGUGCAGUUGAAGUCGUCUCCGAUCGAAAGUUCGGUACCUGAAUCAUCCAGUCAAGAAAGACUGACGCUACUUAAAGUCCCGGACUGGGUACUUGAGCAGAUGUGCGGGUACUAUUUCGGCUGGGCUUGCUUUAAACAUGGCUUCUUUGAUACACCCGCCGGACAAACAUCGUCUGCUGCAGGAUCUUGGUCUCCCGCUGUUUUAUCCGUCUCGACAUUGGAUCCACUGCAGGCAGCAGGAGUCAAUAUGAGUCAGGCCACCAAGCGAGUGGUUCAAAUACGUCUUCUGGAACACGCUGCCCUCCGGACAAACAAGCUUGAGAUUCGCGUCAUGGGCUUUCUUCGCGCCGAAAUACCUCCACCCACUGGCCAAGACAGGCAGGCGCUGAUGGAGGCUCAAGCUGCUGCGGCCGAAGCUGCCGUCCUUGCCGAUGCAUAUGACGUGUCUGUAGUGCAGGGCACAUUGUUGCAUCCAGCCUGGGCGCCGGAUACACGGACAGGAGAGGAGAUUAAUCGCGAAAAUGCUGGCUGGGUCGAUAAAACCCUGCAAGGAUAUGAGCAGAUCGUGGCCAACGGGCAGAGAUGGGUGGAGCAGGUUCCUCUGCAUCGGUUGGGUGUUCGAUCAACCGCAGAUGAGUGGCGAGAGCGACAAGUUGCGGUCAACGGCUUCUACAUCGUGCGUUGA